AUGUCCGUUUCGGAGGCCGUCCUGGACAUAGGCGGGCGCGUAUUGGCAGCGGGGCUGUCAUAUGUUGCGGUGUCGCGGGUAAAGUCGAUCCGAGGCUUACCGUUCGAGACUUCGUUCGAUUUCGAGCGGUUUAAGCCGACACUCCUCGCCUUGUUCGCGAUGCGUCAACUUGAGCAUGUUCAGCUCGAGAGGCAGAGUACUCCGGUUACACCGUCUACCAGCCGAGUAUCUCAGACUCUGCCCUUCCGGCCUUCGAGGCGUCGUCCGACGCUCCCAGCAACGCCCGACCGAGUCCAACCGAUCCGGCCCGGCCGGGGGAGACGGCCAGCCACACGUACCCCUUCACCGUCCGCAGGCUCCGCAUCUCCGGAGGAGUCGCCCUCGGCCCGUAUCCGUAGACGGUAG